GCCGGCGGGAGGGGCCAGGGCCGCGCCCCGCGCCCCGCGUCCGCGUCCGGCUCCGAGCGGGCGGGCUGCGCCGGGAGCCGCCGGGGAGUCCGCCUCCGCCGGGCCGCGCCCGCCCCCCGCGAGCAUGGGCGCCCACCCGCGCGCUGCCGUGGUCGCGGGGCUCCCGCCGCCCCGAGCGCUGCCGCUGCCUCUGCUCCUGCUCCUGCUGCUAUCGCCGCCAGUGGCCAUCACCUCCGAGGCUGAGCACCGUCUGUUUGAGAGGCUGUUCGAAGAUUACAACGAGAUCAUCCGACCUGUAGCCAAUGUGUCUGACCCCGUCAUCAUCCAGUUUGAGGUGUCCAUGUCUCAGCUGGUGAAGGUGGACGAAGUAAACCAGAUCAUGGAGACCAACCUGUGGCUCAAACAAAUUUGGAAUGACUACAAACUGAAGUGGGACCCCUCUGAGUAUGAUGGGGCGGAGUUCAUGCGUGUCCCUGCACAGAAGAUCUGGAAGCCGGACAUUGUGCUGUAUAACAAUGCUGUUGGGGACUUCCAGGUGGACGACAAGACCAAAGCUUUACUCAAGUACACAGGGGAGGUGACUUGGAUGCCCCCCGCCAUCUUUAAGAGCUCGUGCAAAAUCGACGUGACCUACUUUCCAUUUGAUUACCAGAACUGCACCAUGAAGUUCGGCUCCUGGUCCUAUGACAAGGCAAAAAUCGACCUGGUCUUGAUCGGUUCAUCCAUGAACCUCAAGGAGUACUGGGAGAGCGGCGAGUGGGCAGUCAUCAAAGCCCCAGGCUACAAGCACGACAUCAAGUACAACUGCUGUGAGGAGAUCUACCCCGACAUCACGUACUCGCUCUACAUCCGACGCCUGCCCCUCUUCUACACCAUCAACCUCAUCAUCCCCUGCCUGCUCAUCUCCUUCCUGACCGUGCUGGUCUUCUACCUGCCUUCCGACUGCGGCGAGAAGGUGACCCUCUGCAUCUCGGUCCUCCUCUCGCUGACCGUGUUUCUCCUGGUCAUCACCGAGACAAUCCCUUCCACCUCGCUGGUGAUUCCCCUCAUUGGCGAGUACCUCCUGUUCACCAUGAUUUUCGUGACCCUGUCCAUCGUCAUCACCGUCUUCGUGCUCAACGUGCACUACAGAACCCCGACCACGCACACCAUGCCCGCAUGGGUGAAGACCGUUUUUCUGCACGUGCUUCCCAGGGUCAUGUUCAUGACCAGGCCCGCGAGCAGCGAAGGCCACACCCAGAAGCCAAGGCCCUCCUACAGUGCUGAGCUCUCAAAUCUGAACUGCUUCAGCCGCCCGGAGUCCAGAGGCUGCAAGGAAGGCUGUCCCUGCCAGGACGGGAUGUGUGGCCACUGCCACCACCGCAGAAUAAAAAUCUCAAACUUCAGUGCCAACCUCCCGAGAAGCUCCAGUUCUGAGUCUGUCAACGCUGUGCUGUCCCUAUCUGCUCUGUCACCGGAAAUCAAAGACGCCAUCCAGAGUGUCAAGUAUAUUGCCGAAAAUAUGAAAGCACAAAAUGAAGCCAAAGAGAUUCAAGAUGAUUGGAAGUAUGUCGCCAUGGUUAUUGAUCGAAUUUUUCUGUGGGUUUUCAUCCUGGUGUGCAUUCUAGGGACAGCAGGAUUGUUUCUGCAACCUUUGAUGGCAAGGGAUGACGCUUAAGCACCAAACUGUGUUUGCCAGAGGCUUCCUGGCAUGCAGAGGGGGACUCGUUUGUUUUUAUUGUGUAAAAUACACUUGGCCAUAAAAUGUACCAUCUUCACCGUGUUCAGGCCCACAGCUCGGUGGUGUUAAAUAGUCAUCGUUGUGCAGCCGCCACUGCCAUCUCCAGGACUCUUCGUCUUGUAAGACCGCAUCUCCGCACCCACUGAACACUAACUCCCUGUCCCCUCUCCCCCUGAAACCCACAUUAUACUGUUUUGACUACUUUAAGUACCUUAUAUAAGCAGAAGUGCACACUAUUUGUCUUUCUGUGAUCGGCCAGUUUCAUUCAGCAUCAUGUCCUCGGGGCUCACCCAUGUUGGAGCAGGCGUCAGAAUCUCCUUUCUUUUUAAGGCUCAGCCGUGUUCCAUUGCACGUCUAUUCAUGUUGCUUAUCCGCUCGUCUGGCAGGGGACACUGGGGCGGCCCCCACGUUUUGGCUGUUACAGAUACGUGUGCGUCCAUGUUCACAGCAACAUUAUCUGUUUGAGACCCUGCUCUCGAUUCAUUAGGAUCUAUGCCCAGAGGCGGAAUUGUUGGGUCCUGUAGUAAUUCUAUUUUCAACUGAGGAACAACCGUACUGUUUUCCAGGAUGGCUGCACCAGUUUGCAUUCCCACAGGGGCUCCAAUUCUCCGCAUCCUCAUCAACAUUUGUAUUCUGUUUUUUUUUUAUAAUAGUCAUCCUAACGGGUGUGAGGUGGUAUCUCAUUGUGGUUUUGAUGUGCAUUUAUGUAACGAUUAGUGAUGCGAAGCAUCUUCUCCUGUGCUUAUUGGCCAUUUGUGUGUCUCUUUGGAGAGGUGUCUGUUCAGGUCCUUUUCCACUUUUUUUUUUUUUUUUUUAAAGUUUAUUUUAAAGAGCACAAGCAGGUGAGGGGCAGAGAGGGAGGAGACAGGAUUUGAAGCCAGCUCUGCGCGGACAGCAGAGAGCUCAAUGCGGGGCUCAAACUCACAAGCCAAGCUAUUGAGAUCACGACCUGAGCUGAAGUCAGACGCUCAACUGACUGAACCACCCAGGCGCCCUUUCUUUUCCACUUCUCAAUUGGGUUGAUUGUGGUUUUUAGUUAAGUUUUAGGAGUUCUCUAGAUGUUCCAGAUAUUAAUCUCCUAUCAGAAACAAGAUUUGCAAAUAUUUUCUCCCACUCUCUGGGGUGCCUUUUCACUCUGUUGCUAGUGUCUUCUGAUGCACAAAAUUUUUAACUUUUCAUUAAGUCCAGUUUAUCAACUUUUUGUUAGCUGUGUUCCUCUGUGUCAUAUCCGAGAAAUCACUACCAAAUCCAGUCUUGUAAAGAAUCUGUCCUGUUUUCUUCCAGGAGUUUUACUGCUUAACUCUUACAUUUAGGCUCUUUCUCACACUUUCUAUCAUCAAGCUACUGGCACUGUUUUUAGCAUUUCAAGGUUUACUUAUUUAUCCAGUUGUCUUGGUUUUUAUCAAAAGAGAUUCGUGCAAGAAAAAAGUCAAGGGUAUUUAUUAUAGAUAACUGAACAUUUAACCAGCCUUUUUGGUAAGGUAGAGAAACAUCAAAAUAUAGUUCUGCAGUGUAAAGUAAUAUACGCUACUAAAGAAUAUGUAAAUAUGGGCUAAAUAUGAAAACGGUUUCCCCUUUGUGCUGGUUGAGGCAUAAUUGGACAGGAAAACUUGCUGCUCACAAAUGUGGAAAUCCAUCUGGUUCAGUAUCACAACAGAUUUCCCAAGGGUUUUCUUACUUGGCCUGUGAUCUCCUUGAAGUUUUGUACCAUUUCAGCAAUGCCCUACCUACUACCAUUUCCUCCCAUGUUCACUCCUUGUCCCACUCCUUGUUCAUCGUUGGUUUCCAAGAGUCUGAGGGCCGUGCCUCCUUCACAGAACGCCUCAGCCUUUAUCUCGCAUCAUCCUAAGGAACUAUGCUAUGAAAAGGUAUGCCCAGUCACACAUCCAUUGCUAGUAAACCGUUGGAGCAGCAUUUCUCAACCUUGGCACUAUUGGCAUUUGUGGCCAGAUAACUCUGUGCU